AUGAAUACAAAGUAGAUCAAAAUUAGAGGAAACAUAGAUUUGAAUAACAACUCUUAGAUCGGGUAAAAGCACGAUUGGCUUCAUCCGAUUGAUUAGAAUCAUCUAAAUAGCAGAGCUGAUGAUUAUUUCAGAGAUGUCUCCUAUUAUCUAAAUUUACAAGUUAUUGAUACUUGCUAUUACAAUGAACAGAUGGAAUAUGUUCCAGUCCUAGUGCAAAUAAUGCAAGAGAAGGUCAAAUAAUCAUUCGGAGAUGCUGAAUAUUUGCUGCAAGUCUGGCACUCUUAGACUAAAAAGCAGAUCUUUCAAAUCCCUUUGAAAGUUAAAUACUAUUAAGUUUUUGAAGAUUAUCUUGUUUGCGCUUAUCACGAUAUGAAAUUGGUUUUCAUUACAGUUGAAGACUCUAGUUUAUUCAGAGCUAAAGAAGAUAUAAGGGUUGAUCAGUUGCCUCAGCUCACAUAUUAGUGCAAGCUGCCAAUACAAGCCUUGCUCCUUUUAAAUAUGUAGGAGAAAGUAGGAGGAGAUAAAUAAGAAGUUAAGAAGCUGAUCAUAGCUUUUGAGACAAUUUAAAAUCUCUUAGAUUUCAACUUUAUAAUCAUUAAUAAGGUUGAGACUGAUAAGCUCAAUAUUAGUUUCAAUCAAGCAAGAGAUGUAUUUCCAAGACCGUUAGUUUCUCCUGAUCCAGUAGUCCAGUGUAUAAUUAGAGUCAUGCUCACAAAGUUUAAUAACAAACAAAAAUAUGUGGUCUAGGGCGUUACUAGAAGAAAAUCAGGGCAAGUUGAUCUUUAUAGUAACAUGAUGUUUAAGCAGCAAGUUCCUGACUGUAAGUUUCCAAUACUUUUUUUAUCAAAAUAGUACUUUUUGAGCAAGUUGGAAUGA